UACGAAAGCUGAUAAAUUGGCCACUUUACUUAUAGCAUUCAGUUGGGCAACAGUGAUAUUGUGAUUAAUUAAAAUGUGCUGCAGAAUGCCUUUGGAAAAACCGGCGGUAUGGAUGAGUGAGGAUGAAUUCGGGAGGUUCACUGAUUCCUCUGAAGUGGUGAGGGAGGUGAGGAGGUUCACUUGGGAGAACGUGAGGAACACCAAGGUCCAGGUGAUCAACUACGGUGCGACCAUCACUUCCAUCCAAAUACCGGACAAAAACGGCAAAAUUGAGGAUAUAGUGACCGGAUUUGACACCAUCGAGGAAUAUUUCAGCGAGAAAAACCGCUACUACGGAGCGACUAUCGGUAGAGUGGCCAACAGGACCGCCAAAGGAGAAAUGAACGUGGACGGAAUUGACUAUAAACUGGCGGUCAAUAAUGGACCGAAUCACCUACACGGGGGCCUCAAGGGCUUCGAUAAGGUCUUAUGGAACUAUCGGGUGGACGGCACCAAGUUGAUUCUAACCUAUCAUUCCAAAGACAUGGAGGAAGGAUAUCCAGGUGACCUUAUUGCCACAGUCACAAUGCAGCUGACCCCAUCCAACCAGUUCCAGAUUGACUAUAAGGCAGUAGUCACCAAGACUACCCCAGUCAAUAUGACUAAUCACACUUAUUUCAACUUAGGGGGUAUCGGAUCAGGUUCUGUGGGGUUGUAUCAGCAUGAGAUCACUAUAAAUGCUGACAAGUACACUGAGGUGGACAGCAAUGCUACUCCCACAGGGAACCUUAUUGCUGUAUCCGGAACAACUUUUGAUCUACGAGUGCCAAAGCUCUUGGGUGACGUUAUCCAUAAGGUGCCAAACGCACCUGGAUACGAUCAUAACUUCUGCAUCACCAGACCUUCGACCUCCAAGGUGGUGACUUUCGUGGCAAAGGCUCUACACAAGCCGAGCGGUAGAGCGAUGGAGGUCUACAGUGACCAGCCGGGGGUGCAGUUCUACACUGGAAACUUUAUUCCGGAGAGCGAGGGCAAGGGGGCCAAGUAUGUUAAGCACGGGGCGUUCUGUCUGGAAACUCAAAUUUAUCCAGAUGCCGUACAUCAUGCGAAUUUCCCGGAGGUGUUGGUAUAUCCGGGACAGGAGUACCGUCACUUUACCAGUUUUAAUUUUAUGGUGCAGGAGUGAUUGAUUAUGGGUGAUUUAAUAUAAUUUUUGUUUUUA